UGGAAGAAGACGAAGAAGAAGAAAAACACGGACAAAACAUUUGUAACGCCUUUUAUUUAAUAGAAAUAGAAUUCAAUACAAACAGCUACAUAAAUUGCAUAACAGGAUCCAUCAGAUAAACAAAGGUAGGCAUAAUAAGUAAGCUUACGCAAAACAAAAACCAAAACUAAGUAGUACUAAACAAGAACAGGGUUAGGGUUAGAGUAAUGCGAACAGCAAUGCUCCAGCCAUUCCGUUGUAUUUGCGUGUAUCCAGCCGGAGCAGUUUAAACGUAACACCGACGUGACAACUUGGAAAUAACCGUGGUAGCCGAGGCUAAGGGAGGAAGAUGAGCACUAAACAGGUGACUUGCAGGUAUUUCCUCCAUGGUGCAUGCAGGGAGGGCAGCCGCUGUUUGUUCUCUCAUGACCUCAACAACAGUAAACCCUCCACCAUCUGCAAAUUCUACCAGAGAGGACUGUGUGCCUAUGGAGAACGCUGCAGGUAUGACCAUAUCAAACCUUCAUCCAGAGGGGGAGUGGUAGGAGCUUCAGAGGAUACAGCAGGUGCAGCAGGAGGCAGGCCUUUGGUCAGAGGUGGAGCGAAGAAGACACUUGUUUUGAGAGACAAAGUGUUGGGUGUUGACAGUGUGUUGGGGGGUCCAGCUGACAUGUUGGGGUCAGAGGUCACGGCAGCUCCUCAGUCAUACGUGGACGCCAUCAGGCUGGGUCUGGACACCUCGGCGCAGGAACAAGCUAUGGCUCAAGUGUGUGGGUCCUACCAGGACCUCCCCCCGCUGUGUCCGUAUGCUGCCACUGGACAGUGUUAUUAUGGCAAUAGCUGUACAUAUCUACAUGGCAACCGGUGUGAGGUGUGUGGACUGCAGGUUCUCCAUCCUCAUGACCCCGAGCAGAGGAGAGUGCACGAGAAGAUGUGUCUGCUGGCAUUUGAGACUGACAUGGAGAAGGCAUUUGCAGCCCAGCUUAGCCAGGACAAGGUGUGUUCGGUCUGUAUGGAGGUGGUAGUGCAGAAGGCGAACUCGUCUGAUCGCAGGUUUGGUAUCCUGUCUUCCUGCUGUCACACCUUCUGUCUUGCCUGCAUCCGACAGUGGCGCUGCACCAAAAACUUCAGCAACAAGAUCAUCAAGUCCUGUCCGGAGUGCCGGGUCAUCUCUGAGUUUGUCAUUCCCUCAGUUUAUUGGGUGGAAGACCAGGAUGAGAAGGACCACCUCAUAGAACUCUUCAAGUCUGGAGUCAGUAAGAAGGCCUGUAAGUACUUUGAUCAGGGUCAUGGUUCCUGUCCUUUUGGAGGGAAGUGUUUGUAUCUUCAUGCCUUUCCAGACGGAACCCGAGCGCAACCCGACCGGCCACGGAAACAGCUGACCUCUGAGGGGAAUGUCCGGUUCAUGAACAGUGUGCGUCUGUGGGAUUUCAUCGAGGAGCGUGAGCAGCGGUCGGUCCCGCCCCUGCCAUCUUUUGAUGAUGACAUGACAGAGCUCAGGGAGCUUUUCAUGCAGAUGUCGGGACCCAGUCAUGAGGAGCUGGAGACCCUGCCCACUGCAGACCAGUAGAGACUGGACUGAGUCCUCUUGUCCAUACACUGAUAUUACAUGGAACCAUCCAUUAUCUCUACUGCUUAUCCCGAAGAGGGUUGCAGGGUGGGAGGCUGAAGCCAGUCCCAGUUGACAUUGGGUGAGAGGCAGGACACACUCUGAAUAGGUCGCCAGUCUAUCCCAGGGCUGACACUUGGAGACAGACGACCACACACACCCACACUCACUCCUACAGACAAUUUAGAGUCACCAGUCAACCGUGCUACCAUGCCACCCCUAUCAUGGAACCAUUGAAACAUUAAAUAAUUUUGCCAGCCUGAUGGUCUGUUGUGUUUCAAUCUGGGAAACUAAUGUACAUAACUUUCAUAAUUUUGAGUAAUGAUUUCUUAAUGUCAUUUCAUGUAUCAUAUAAAUAAAUAAUUAAAAAUAACUACAUUAAUAUA